UGUUUGAGCAAAAAAACUUUUUGUAUCACAGGUACCAUUAAAUGGGUUGACCUCACCUGAAGGGCCUCAGUAUUUAGAGUUUGAGACUCUGGAAGAUAAGGUGAUGUUUGAGAUGGCUCUCCAACAGUUCGCGUGUAGGUUCACUCUGAUGACCCUUCUUCUCUGUCCAGGUUUUUAUUCAAGUAAUCAUGGUGGUCAAGAAAAUUCCCCAUUAGCUUCACCCUGGCAAGUCCUUCUGUACAAUGACGAUGAACUCCAGUGUGUUGGGUCACUCAUCACGGAUCAGUGGGUGAUCACGUCAGGCAGAUGCAUGGCACUUAAUGAACCCAACGACACAGUAGCCCUCCUGGGAGUGCAGAACCAGUUGGGAGAAAACCCACAUGAAGAAAAUCGAACAAUCGAUGACUUUGUUUGCAAAAGUAAUGAGCAACAUUGGAAUGACAGGGUUUGCCUCCUCAAGCUAUCAGCUCCAGUCAAUUUUUCAGAGGCCAUCCAAACAAUCGCCUUGGCCUCAAAAAGAAGCACUUUCCAUAAUGGGACUGUCAGCUGGGUCACUGUUUUUGACAGUUACAACCACAGUGAUAACAUUCUGCAAGAGAUCAAAGCAUCGAUAGUGGGCAACAAUCAGUGCAAAUGUGACUAUAAAGGAGAGGAAAUCUCAGACAACCAGAUGUGUGUUGGACUGGGAGAUGAGGGAUACGACGCAUGUGAGGUAUUUCAAGGAUCUCCAGUGGUGACUAAAGGCGAGGCGGAAUGGGUACUAGCUGGAGUUGCAAGUAUCCAAAACACCUGUGGAUCUCUUACAGUCUACACUGACGUGUCCAGGUACCAGAGAUGGAUCAGAGAAUCUAUCACUGGCAUGGAACCACGCUUUGUUGUGUUUGACCCCCCAGGAAUUGACAUGGACAAGAACUUUUUGUGUCUAAAAGGAGAGCUUUUGACCACACCUGCUACCAUUUCUACCACUGGUGACACCAUAUUUAGUGGUGGUGUUAACCCGAGCCACUUCACUCACUUCUUCUGUCUGUCUGCCUUUGUUCUGGUUCUCCAUGCUGUUGUUGGCAGCUGUGACAUGUGAAAGUAUGUUUCUAAACGGUGGCAGAUUUUUACUUUCAAAGCUUUUGUUAUUGUGGAAUCAUACUUUUGUUCAAAUAUUUACUGGUUACAUAAAAUAUCAAAACAAUUUGAUUUAAAAAUAUUUUGCAUGAUAUUGGUGAUAUUACAGAAUUUGCAUGUUUUAGUUAAAAAUGCCAACUUUAUAACUUUGUGGGAAAAUAAACAAAGAAAGUACACUCACUGGCCACUUUAUUGGGCACACCAGUCAACUGCUCAUUGAUACAAAUGUUCUAUCAGUCAAAACAUAGAGGCAUGUCGACACGGUCAAGACUCCUGUCAGCUAAGAACAGGUAACCCACAGGAUAAGCAACAUUGGACACCAAAAGAUUGGAAAAAGUCUCAAUUUCUGCUGCAACAUUUGGAUGGUAGGGUCAGAAUUUGGCGUCAACAACAUGAAAGCAUGGAUCCAUCUUGCCUUGUAUCAACGAUUCAGGAUGAUGGUGGUAUCAUGGUAUGAGGGAUAAUUUCUUGACACACUUUGGGCUCCACAGUACCAAUUAAGCCUUGUUCAAAUGCUGUAACAACGUUGUGAUGCUAUCAUGUCAAUAUGGACCAAAGUCUUUGAGGGAUGUUUCCAGUACCUUGUUGAAUCUAUGCCAUGAAGCAUUAAGGCAAUACUGAAGGUAAAAGAGGGUCUAACCUGGUACUAGCAAGGUGUACCCAAUACAGUGGUUGGUGAGUGUAUAUCAAUAAUGUGCAUGCUUCAGCAACAUGUGUAAGAAUAAUCAAUGUGAAAUAAUGAAAUGAAUUAAUAAAUGGUACGAUGACA